AGGUUCCCAGUUGCAUGUGACGGUCACUUGUUAGCCAGGCCAAGAGGAGUAGCAGUCUGUCCACACCGACACAGCCCAGUCCUAUUCUAUUCAACUACAGGUAGGCUGUACCUCUAUUCUAAGAUGUCAUGUACACACUUCAUAUGAUUGUCCGUGGGUCCUGUAUGAUUAUGCUGUCCCACUUUACUGUAAUUCUAAAUCCCAGACCACUGAACAAUAUGAGUGCGGUCAAUGUCUUUAUUGCAAUUGUGCAACAAUAACUGCAGAUGAUCAGAUCUCACAAUACCUGGACAGGUGUGACCCUGUUGAGAGAGAUUGUGAGAUGCAGGUUUACGUUUAUUGUCAUGAGUCUUGUCUUAGAGGCAGAACUGAGCGUUUUCCCCUUAGAUAGGCCAGCUGCAAAGUCAAAAUUGGCUAUAUUGUAAAAAUUAAUUUAAGGUUAGGUUUCAAAUCUAUGACUUUGUGGCUGUGCCAGCUAGUGACCACUCUGCAAUGCUAACCUGCUUGUGAGACAGGCAAAAAUAUCCUAAAGGUUAAUGGACUCAUACUGGAGCCUAGAACACAGCCUGAUCAGAACACAGCGAGACCGCAGAGUCAGAAAAUGCACGUGAUAACGGACAUAUGCGUGUUGUUCCAUUAUCACGUGCCUGGUCUGACUCUGGUGUCUCGUUGGGUGAGAGGUUGUUCAACUUGAAUGAAUGAAUAAAUAAAUCGGUGUAUAGACGACAAUACCUCAGCUCCCUUUUUGGUAAAAAAAUAACAAAACAUGACUAGGCUACUUAAUGAAAGCUUGGAUCAGAUUACAAAUGCAAUAUUAAUGGGUUUUUCAGUUUAGAAAAAUUGGCCAAUUCUAAGAUUUGAAUCCAAUAUUUCUGUCCCUGUGUUAAUGUGUCAGUGGUUAGGUUGUACUUUUUGAACUGUCCCUGUGUUAAUGUAUCAUAGUGGCUAGGUUAUAUUUGAUCUGUCCCUGUGUUAAUGUAUCAUAGUGGCUAGGUUAUAUUUGAUCUGUCCCUGUGUUAAUGUAUCAUAGUGGCUAGGUUAUAUUUGAUCUGUCCCUGUGUUAAUGUAUCAUAGUGGCUAGGUUAUAUUUGAUCUGUCCCUGUGUUAAUGUAUCAUAGUGGCUAGGUUAUAUUUGAUCUGUCCCUGUGUUAAUGUAUCAUAGUGGCUAGGUUAUAUUUGAUCUGUCCCUGUGUUAAUGUAUCAUAGUGGCUAGGUUAUAUUUGAUCUGUCCCUGUGUUAAUGUAUCAUAGUGGCUAGGUUAUAUUUGAUCUGUCCCUGUGUUAAUGUAUCAUAGUGGCUAGGUUAUAUUUGAUCUGUCCCUGUGUUAAUGUAUCAUAGUGGCUAGGUUAUAUGAUCUGUCCCUGUGUUAAUGUAUCAUAGUGGCUAGGUUAUAUUUGAUCUGUCCCUGUGUUAAUGUAUCAUAGUGGCUAGGUUAUAUUUGAUCUGUCCCUGUGUUAAUGUAUCAUAGUGGCUAGGUUAUUUGAUCUGUCCUUGUGUUCUGUGUCUCAGGCUUCAGUAUGAGUAGUAAGAAGCUGCUGGUGGAUGUGGACUGUGGGGUGGAUGAUGCUCAGGCUAUCAUGAUGGCACUGGCCGCCCCUUAUGUAGAGGUCCUGGGCAUCACCUGUGUCCAUGGCAACACCAUUGUGGAGAACGUGUGCAAGAACACGCUGCGGGUGCUCCAAGCCUGCAACAGACUGGAGGUAUAGUGUUCAUCUGUGGUACACAAUUAGAUUUAUAUCGUUUAUUUAGCUAAAAUUGUUUUGACAUCUUUGUCUAAGUAAACAAACACCCAAUGGGAUCCAGGGAUGUGCUUAUAUCAUCACAUGAUACAUAGAAAGUGCAUUUAACGGUAAAGCUUAUACACAGUGUACAAAACAUUAGGAACACCUGCUCUUUCCAUGACAGGCUGACCAGGUGAAUCCUAUGAUCCCUUAUUGAUGUCACUUGUUAAAUUCACUUCAAUCAGUGUAGAUGAAGGAGAGGAGACAGGUUAAAUUAUAAUUUUUAAGCCUUGAGACAUGGAUUGUGUAUGUGUGCCGUUCAGAGGGUGAAUGGACAAGACAAAACAUUUUAUGUGCCUUUGAACGGGGUAUGGUAGUAGGUGCCAGGUGCACCGGUUUUAGUGUGUCAAGAACUGCAAUGCUGCUGGGUUUUUUCACGGUCAACAGUUUCCUGUGUGUAUCAAGAAUGAUCCACCACCCAAAGGACAUCUAGCCAACUUGACAUAACUGUGGUAAGCAUUGGAGUCAACAUGGGCCAGCAUCCCUGUGGAACACUUUUGACACCUUGUAGAGUCCAUGCCCAGACUAAUUGAGGCUGUUCUGAGGGCAAAAGGGGGUGCAACUCAAUAUUAGGAAGGUGUUCCUAAUGUUUUGUACAUUCGGUGUAUAGACUAAAGUAUGCAUACCCUUAUACAGAGAGAGGGGAAGAGAUCACAUGAUGGGGAAGGAUGCUAUGAGAGUCUGUUGACCUCUCUCUCUUCCUCUCUGACAAUACAUGGUUGUUCUGUCUUAGACACAUGACUGUGGAGCUCUACCCAAUUGUUCUAUUGAGUGUUUACAGCAGUAGCACAGAGCAGAAUUGUGGAGAGGCUGGAGUUUAUAUCAAAUGUUGCCAUGACAACAACAAAGUAGUUUGUUUAAGAAACAGAUUGGCACCCAGACUAGUUUUUGACUCUGUAUUUUGGGAUGCCCACUGACAUAGGCACGGCUCUUGAAUUCAUAUCAAGUGAAAGUGUAGAUGGAAUACUAUAAAUGUUGUAAUUUGCAACUAUUGCAUUCGGGGUUCUGACCUGUGUUCUGUGUUCUAGAUCCCGGUAUUCCGCGGUGCUGCCAAGCCUAUCCUGGGGAAUGUGAUCAGUGCGGGAAACUUCCAUGGCCAGGACGGGCUAGGGGAUGCUCCAGACCCAAACGCUCCUGGGCUGGACAUGCUGCAGAUGGAAGGGGCGGUACCUGCACUGAUCCGGAUAGUCAACGAAAACCCUGGAGAAGUGAGAACGGAGCAGACACAGGCUACUCAAUGUGUGUGUGUGUGUCCCUGUUGUAAAUGCAGGUGUUUCCCUGUUUCUCCCAGGUAUCUCUGGUGGCCACGGCUCCCCUCACCAACCUGGCUCUGGCUGUAAGAAUGGAGCCAUCCUUCCCCAGCAAACUCAAAGGCCUCUACAUCAUGGGAGGCAACACAGAGUGUAAGGGCUAUGAUUUAUUUGCUUCAGAAGGUCAAUUUAUCUAGUAUAUGAAUGGUAAAUAGAUAAAUGGGUCGAUUGCCAUAGGUUUUAAUAUGUGGUACCUGUGUUCUGCCUGUCUUCAGCCAGAGGAAACACCACAGUGUGUGCAGAGUUUAACUUCGCUGCCGACCCGGAAGCAGCUUACAUCGUCCUGAAUGACUUCCAGUGUCCCACUUACAUAGCUGGCUGGGAGUUCACCUGCUACAGCAAGCUGCCCUGGGUAACAUGAAUUUCAUCUAAUCAAUAAAUAAUAAAACACUACCUUCCACAUUAUGAUUGAAAUUGUUUUUCACCUAACAGUCGUGGUGUGAUGACUGGCUGGCCCAGGAGUCAGAGAAGGCUCACUUCAUGGCCCGGAUCUUCCGCCACAGUAUGAAGGAGUCGCACAGCGAGCGCUCCCAGACAGAGAUGGUUGACGGCAUGGGCUUUGUGUCAUGUGACUCCUACGCCAUGGCGGCGGCCAUCGACGACACCUUUGUGACCGAGAGCAACCAAAUGGCGGUGAGCGUGGAGCUGACGGGCACACACACGCGUGGCAUGAUGAUCCUGGACACGCUGGGCAUGCUGAAGAUUACUCACAAGGCCUUCGUUAUGAGGAAGGUGAACAUGGUGAGGUUUGAGCAGAUGAUGAUGGACGCCCUGAAGUAAUCUCUAGGUCUGCUACAGCUAACCACUAGAUUGUAGAACCAAACUAACAACCAACAACUACGUGAACGCUCUAUGGGACCGUAACCAGGGAAAAGUGACAACUCCAACCUCAUCGGGUCACCCCAAGACCAUACUUAAUCAGUGACACUAUGAUCCAUCUUGAAUGAAAACAUUACUACAGUGGUAAUUGUAGACCUCUAUUCAUGAAUGAGUGUAAAUACAUUUCAUAUUAAAAUUUUUAAAUAAUUUCUUACAUUUUGUAAUAGUCUGAAGGCAUUUAUAGAUGUUAGAAGUAUUAUGAUUGAGUCACGGUAUUGUCUUCAGAAAAUAAUUUUAGGCCAGAGAAUGUCCUCAUUCUCAGUACUACUGCUGUUCACACUGAAUGAUGUAGGAAUAAUAAAAGCAUUGGGCCAGUAACCGAAAGGUCGCUGAUUUGAAU